AUAAUGUGGUGGGGGUGUCUUGCCCGUACAAACCGCACGGUAUGCACGCAUGUCGACGAUUAUCAUCCAAGCUCAUGAAAUUGCUUGCAGGACAAUACAUGUACUCGUACAAAACACCCUCGAGGUGCAACCAACCUGUUAAAUGUCAAUUUUAUCAUAUUAACAUAUAAGGCCUGCAUGAAUAACACAUCCUCUGCAGUCAACUAAGUGAGCCAAAUCCGACAACCCGGUGUUGAUGAUAUUGUUGAUUUGGGAUUGAGUGACAUUCGUUUGACUUUGCCUCCUUGAUCGACCAGAACAUUGUGAAAAGGUUGAUCAACUUGGGAUUGUUUGUUAUCUUUAACAAUGAAUUUGAUAUUCCUCCUCCCUUGUGUGGGACUUCUCAUCUCUGGACUGAAGGCUGAUCCGACUCCAGCACCCAAGUCCGAUCACCAUAAUCACCAUUUUACUGCUGCCCCAUUCCAUCAUGUGACCACUCCAAGUUACGGGGCACCCCCUCCGCCUCCUCCGCCAGCACCAGCCUACCAUCAACCAGCGCCUCAACAUAAUUAUGGUUACCAAGAACCUCAACCUUAUAUCGUCGAGACACAAACCUUUCCUCAGCAGAAUUGCAGUGUGGUGGAUGAGGUAGUGAAGGCUGAGAUUUGCAUCCCAGACUUUAGCACCGAAUGUGGAGAGCAGUCAAGUAUGACCAAAAGAUUAGAAACCGGCGAGUUUUGCUACAACAUCACCCGAACUGUGUGCACGCAGACCGAGACCACGAGUGACAUUGAAGUGUGUGACGUGAAUUAUGACCGAAGUGAGUCGCCAGCCAAGGCCAAGACCGUUGAGGUCAAAUUCAACAAGGAAUGCCAGUCUAAUAAAGUGACCGUUUGCCAAGAGAAGAAGCAGGAAUACCCUAGUUAUGACCAUCCCUACAACAAUCAGUAUGGUAAUGGUGGGCACCACUACAAUGCCCAGUAUGAAUAUGGUACCGUUCAAGAAUGCCAGGAGGUGGACCAAGAGACCUGCUACAAUAUCCCAUCCGUGGAAGAGGUGGAAGUCGACGUAAUGUUGGCAUUUCCGGCUCCCUCGCGGAAUUGCGAGACUCAAACGGUUACCAUUCCAGAGGUCAAAUGCGAGGACAUUGUGGAGCAAAAGUGUCAAAAUAUCCCAAGAAUUGUGGAAGCGCCCGAUAACUUUGAGCGUUGUGAAGUCAAGGUGGGCGAACCCAAAUGUGAGGAGAUCGAAUUGGUUCUACCGAAACAGAUCUGCACGGACAUCAUUUACGGAUUGGCUGAGGUGCCCUACGAACCUGAAUAUGGCCACCCGCAACCUGCCUAUGAAUCCCAUCCCCAUCAACCAUAUGCCAAUGUGACCCCUAGACCGCAACACCGAGGUCAUCAGCCUCAUAAAGUGUGAGGUUCAAGCCCAAGUCAAACCAAGGCAUUAGAAUUAAUUUACAUUACGUGAGCCAGUUGAAAAGUAAGUUUAAAGUUUACGCUAUUCUUUUCACUUAUUUAUUCUUUUAUUUAUCUCCUAUGAUAUUGUGUGCGAAUACAAAUUAUGAUCAAGCAAA